AUGGCGAACCUGUUUCUGGAAAGUAUGCAGAACGAUGGAGAAUGGCCUUGGGAAGAGAAAGCUCGCGAACAGCUGAAUGACGAUCCGGAGACCUACGAGCAGAAACUAUCUGCUCUAAAAGACAAGAUCAAAGCGUGGUCGGCCACGCAGCCAAAACUGCGACCUCAGCUGGAUGAUAGCUUCCUCAUGGCCUUCCUUCGCACUCGCAAAUUCGAUGAGCGACUGGCGUUCAAAUCAUACAAGAACUUCUACAGAGUUCGUUUGUGCAAUCCUGGAAAGCUCUUCGUUGUCGGCAGAGGACCGAAAUUCUACUCGAAGUAUUAUGACAAGCCAAUCGUUUCUCUCCUGAAGCAGAGGAAUCCAUUGGAUGGUUCCCUCGUCUUCAUCUAUAGCUUCCGAAAUUUCAAUAUUGGAGAAAAUUCCAUGAUCGAUGUAUUCAACGCCAUCUUCCUCAUUAUCAUGGAAGUCGUAGUCGACCCGUCCGUCCAAACACAUGGUAUCAGGAUCAUAAUUGACUUCACUGGAGUGAGCUUCGCCGCCGUUAAGUCGGUAAUGGCCAAGAUGUACUACCACAAGGCGUCUCAAUUAGCUCAGACCUCUUGUCCUUGGCACGUCAAAGGUUUUCACGCUCUGGAAACACCUAAGUGGAUACUCGGGAUGGCUCGCAUCUUGCAACUAGCGUUUCUCCCAAGGGAGCAACGUGACGUCAUGCAUUUCCAUGGAAGACUCGCUGAAUUACACGACUUUGUGUCACCAAGUAUCCUCCCUGAUAUUCUAGGCGGCUCUGCAGGGAAGUGGGAAGGCUCGUGGAUGAAGGAAGCCGUAGAAAAAAUCCACGAUGGGGUCGUCAAGAAGAGCCACUACGGUUUCGUCGAGAGCUGA